AUUUUAUUUGAAUAUGCAAAAACACUCAGCCCGCUUAAAUAAAGAAAGAGGCUCCCAAGCCUAUAACCCUGAGAUAGCUCAUUACAAAGGAAAAAUGAAACAAUACAAGAGUGAGAAUUCUGACCUAAGGGAGCAAUUGCAGUCUUUAACAACUCAAUACGUAAAGUUAGGCAAGGAAAAGGAUAAAUACAAGAAGAAACUUAUUGAUUUGAAGCAAGACAUUGCGCGGUUUGAUCAAAUAGUAGACCAGAAGAGUAAUGAAAAGGCAGCAAUUAUCAAGAAGGAGUUAAGACAUGCAAAGAGAUCUAUCAAGAAGAGAGACACUGAAAACAGUGAAUUAGAACAGAUUAAUAAGCAACUAAGGAACCAACUUGAUGAGCAAAAUGACUAUGUUAUGGAGCUGGAAGCUAGAAUUGAAAAAUUGUUAAGCAAAAGGGAUGAAAAUGAUAGUAAUGAAACAGAUCAUCAAACACCGAAUCAUAAAAUACUUCGCGAAGAAAUUGAAAUAGUUAACAAGUCUUCCCUUGAAGAUGAUGACAAUGUAAUAAUCACUACAAACAAUACCUCCAACAAAAAGCCGCUUGCUAUUCGAAAAGAAGCUGAGUAUCCCUCAAAUGACCUGAGUGAGCUUAUGGAUAGUCCUCAAAUUUAAAAAGUUCAAGCCAAUCACGAAGCUGACAGAAACUGCAAGGAAGGUCCCUAAAAAUACCCUAAUAUCUUCCUUACCCCUUGGCCUUAGAGAGACUUCAUAUUUUGAAAACAUAGACCAAUGAAGAACUCUUCUUGGAGAAAAGAAAGGAAAAUCUGAUGAGAAAAUUAAAGAUGAAUCAAAAAGUCCUGAAGACCCUUCAUAUCAUUAGCAAACUGACGGAGCUAAAUACACAAGGAAGAUAUUAUUCAAGCAAGAUUUUGUAAGAAAAUUAUUUACAGAGGUCUGAGAUUCUUUUAUUCUAAUAUUUUCUUGAGGAGCAAUCAGCCUAAAAUAAAAGCUAUCAAUAUUAAACAUCUGAGGAAAUUACGAAUCUAACUAAAUCAGUAACUCAAUUUAAAACUAAAAGUACUUCCAAAGUAUUCUACUGUCAACUAGCUCUGUUUUCUCAAACAGCCUCCAACUAUCGUUCUUUCACAUCUCCAAGCUAAGCUAUUACAUCUCCUGAAUGUGGACUUAUUUCUCAUGAAGCUCUAAAUUCCUUGCUUUACGCUUCAU